AUGUCCGUCCGACUGCCUGUCCUCGUUGUAGGAGCUGGGCCUACUGGCCUCAUCUCCGCUAUAUCUCUCCUCAAGAACGGUGUGCCCGUGCGCAUCAUCGAAAAGAGGGAGACAUUCCAUGGUGGCAUCCGAGGAAGUGGUGUCACGCCCCGGACCUUGGAAGUCUUAUCGUUGAUCGAUGUCGCGCAGGAUGUCAUAGAUAGCUCAACUGCCCCGCUUGACUUCUCGUCCUACGAAGCCGAUGGCCAUACGGCCAAAUCGGCUCCUUGGGCAGAAGGCGCAGGGACGGCGCAGUAUUAUGCUUUUCCGGAGGCGAGAAUUGUCAGUCAGGCCGAGUUUGAAGCCCUGUUGCGGAAGCAUCUGGGAAACCUCGGCGCUAGCGUCGAGACAGGUAAAGAGCUUAUUGGCUUUGAGCAGAGUGAUGAAAAAGUCAUGGCCCGCAUACUGGACACUUCGACCGGGAAUGAGGAGACAUUUUUGUGCUCAUUUUUAGUAGGCGCUGAUGGUGCCAAAGGGCGUAUUCGUCGGAUACUUGAGAUACCGUUCGUUGGUCAGACGAGAGAGGAGGAUCGUGUCCUUUCCGGCAACGUUAAUGUCACUGGCCUCGACAAGGAGCACUGGCACAUGUGGGGCAAGAUGACGCAGGCUGCCAUCGGCCUCAGGCCGAUGAAGACGGGCUCGCUCUUCCAGAUGCAGGCACUCGGUCAUGAACUCCCUGCUAGUCUACCGACCGACCUCGAGGGUAUUAGAAAGCUAUUCCAGAGCAUAUCCCACCGCGAUGAUAUCCUCAUCCACGACGUUGAAUGGGUGACGGAGUGGAGGGCUAACAUCAGAAUGUGUGAGAAGUUCAAUAAAGAGAGAGUUUUCCUCGUCGGCGAUGCUGCGCACUGUCACAGUCUAUUCGGCGGCCAAGGAAUGAAUUCUGGCAUUCAAGAUGCGAUGAACUUGUCGUGGAAGCUUGCCCUGGUCUACCACGGUCGUGCUUCCAUGGAACUCUUGAACACUUACAACGAGGAACGUGUCCCAGUCAUAGCCGAGAUGCUAAACCUCUCAUCCAACAUACACUACCUGGCCUUCGGCAAGCCUGCUAAAUCUGCGCUCGACGGAGCUUUAGGGGGCGAGGCUGCAGCGGAAGAGAAGCAAGCGACGAACCAAGAUGUAAUGCACCGUCCGAAGGUGCUCCUGCAACUGGGCGUAAACUGUCGAUGGAGUCCAAUCGUCCUCGAAACCCGCGCGGACGCGUCAGCAAGUGGUGCAAAGGAUCCCUAUGGCCAGGAGACAGCUAGGCUUCGUGCCGGCGACCGCGCGCCCAACGCUCUCGUCACAUCUGUUCACCUCGCAGCUACUCCGGAAAGCACUACGUUGCACAAGCUAUUUGACAUGCAUCGGCACAUUGUCAUGGUGUUCGUGCCUGGUGUGAACGCCCUCGGUCGGCUCCUGAAGGAGCUCGAGGACAUCCACGACCUGUUGGAUGCCGAGGCGGUCCGUGUGGUGGCCAUUCUGCCGAAAGGCACAGACCAUUCCUCAUCUCUCAGUCGGCAGCUCUCGGAGGACGUGACGGCUGGCAAGGUGCAGCUUCUUGUCGACAAGGAUGCAGAGGUCAGACGAGUCUAUGAUCUGGACGCUGUCGGAGCGGCCUUCACGUAUGUCGUCGUCCGGCCUGAUGGUGUUAUUGGCUCCUUUGCUGGAGAUGUUUCUGGUGUUCGAAAGUAUUUCGAGGUGCUCAAGGCCGGUGGUAGGCCUUGAGAGUGAAGCUGGGGAUGGCACGCUUCGUAUAAUUGUCGCUGAUAUAUCACUGGGGGCCUCCUCUGUGUACAUUUAAAUUCAAGCUCAGCUAAGCGGGAAAUAUUGUAGCGGGCUUGAGCACCUGUGUCUCAGCUUGUUGAUCGCGCGCUGGCGUCAGCUUGCGGACACU